AUGCACGCUAUUGAAGGACCCAAUGGACCCGACAUGAUGAUUGAUGCACUUCCAUAUGUGGAUCGCGAAUUGGCUGAUGAAAACACCAAAGCAGAAGUUGAGCGUUUAAUCGAACAAGAGAUGCGUCGUAUGAAAAGAACAGAACGCUCCUCAUUACCCCUCACGAUUGAUUUAUUUCAACAUGAUUCAUUAUUGAAACAAGAACUAGAACGAGUUGAAAGAAAGCAACCUCUCGAUGUGUUGGACACGAAACGAUAUGAACUUCAAGGCCCUGAAGAUGAACAAGAUAUUGAAGGUUGGAAAGCAGCUGUCAAUAAUACCAAGUCACAGUUAGAAUCACAAGCUGGAAGUAUGUUUAAUUUGGAAUUACUUCAAACGUAUGGUGCCAAUGCUUGGCGAGUGCACAACUAUCAAUUAGAGGCUGAUCUUGCCUUGAUCAAAUCCAAUACGGAACAGUUACGCAACCAAAUCCUCGAGAUCAACCGAGAACGUAAAAACGAUCAAACACAAGUUGCAGCUGCACUCAAGUCAUUGGAAAACAAAUGGUCUGAUUUAAUCAGUCAAAAUCUUCAAGUCGAAAUUGCUUGUGCAGCACUUGAAAGUGAAGUGGAGGAAUUAAGAAAAUACAAUAAACAUUAA